AUGACCCUGGAAGGCAAAGUAGCACUGGUGACCGGCGCCGGCGGUAUGCGCGGCGUGGGUCGUGCCACCGCCCUGAAGCUGGCGUCCCAAGGUGCUGACGUAGCAAUUACCGAUAUUCGGCGCCCGGCAGACGACCUGCCUCCUGGCGAGGUUCGCUCCGAGUGGCAGUCCAUCGACAGCGUGGCCGACGAAGUGCGUGGUUUGGGACGCCGCGUGCUACCGAUUUACGCCGACCUCUCCGAAAGCCAACAGAUCGAGGAUCUGGUAGCGCAGGCGGUGGAUCAUUUCGGCCGCCUGGACAUUAUGGUCAACAACGCCCGCGCCGUUAUUGGCCGGGACAAGGUUCCGGUUACCGAGCUGGAUGAAGACGUUUGGCAUCACUUUCUGUCCAUCAACACCACCGCCGUUUUCCUGUGCACCAAAUUCGCCGGCCGCGAGAUGGUGCGCAUGGGCAACGGUGGGCGGAUCGUCAAUAUCGCCAGCAACGCCGGCAAGCAGGCCAGCGCGGAUGGCGCCGCCUAUUCUUCCAGCAAAUUUGCCGUCAUAGGAUUGACCCAGGCUUCGGCGCUGGAUCUGGCGGCCCACGGCAUUACCGUCAACGCGGUGUGCCCCGGCCCCAUCAACACCGACCGGAUGAGUUAUUGGGAACGCGACCAGGCUGCCCAGCGCGGAUUGACCCAAGAGCAGUUUCGGGCCCAAAUUGUGUCCGCAUCCGGCGAACGCACCCCGUUGGGACGCAUCGCCGAGGCUGGGGACGUAGCCAACCUCGUUUCCUUUCUCGCCGGCCCUGACUCCGAAUUCAUCACCGGCCAGUCAUACAACGUCAACGGCGGCCUGUUGUUCCACUGA